AUGUUGAAAUUCAAAUAUGGAGCCCGGAAUCCGCUGGACACUGGCGCUGCUGAGCCCAUUGCCACUCGGGCCUCCAGGCUGAAUCUUUUCUUCCAGGGGAAACCACCCUUGAUGACUCAACAGCAGCUGUCUUCUCUUUCCCGAGAAGGGAUAUUAGAUGCCCUCUUCGUUCUCUUUGAAGAAUGCCGUCAGCCUGCUUUGAUGAAGAUUAAGCACGUGAGCAACUUCGUCCGGAAGUAUUCCAGCACCAUCACUGAGUUGCAGGAGCUCCAGCCUUCUGCGAAGGACUUCGAAGUGAGAAGCCUGGUGGGUUGUGGACACUUUGCUGAAGUGCAGGUGGUCAGAGAGAGAGCCACCGGGGACGUCUAUGCCAUGAAAGUGAUGAAGAAGAAGGCCAUGUUGGCCCAGGAGCAGGUUUCAUUUUUUGAGGAAGAACGGAACAUAUUAUCUCAGAGCACAAGUCCUUGGAUCCCCCAAUUACAGUAUGCCUUUCAGGACAAAAAUAAUCUUUAUCUGGUCAUGGAAUAUCAGCCUGGAGGAGACUUGCUGUCACUUUUGAACAGAUAUGAGGACCAAUUGGAUGAAAACAUGAUUCAGUUUUACCUUGCCGAACUGAUUUUGGCUGUUCACAGCGUUCAUCUGAUGGGAUAUGUACAUCGAGACCUCAAGCCUGAGAAUAUUCUCAUUGAUCGGACAGGACACAUCAAGCUGGUGGAUUUUGGAUCAGCUGCUAAAAUGAACUCAAAUAAGAUGGUGAAUGCCAAACUCCCGAUUGGGACCCCAGAUUACAUGGCCCCAGAAGUGUUGACAGUGAUGAAUGGGGAUGGAAAAGGUGUCUAUAGCCUCGACUGUGACUGGUGGUCAGUGGGAGUUAUUGCUUAUGAGAUGGUGUAUGGAAGGUCUCCAUUCACUGAGGGAACUUCGGCCAGAACCUUUAAUAACAUCAUGAAUUUCCAGCGGUUUUUGAAGUUUCCAGAUGACCCCAAAGUUAGCAGUGAAUUACUGGAUCUGAUUCAAAGCUUGUUGUGUGGCCAGAAAGAGAGACUGAAGUUUGAAGGCCUUUGUUGUCAUCCUUUUUUCUCAAAAAUCGACUGGAAUAACAUUCGUAACUCUCCUCCCCCCUUCGUUCCCACCCUCAAGUCUGAUGAUGACACCUCCAAUUUUGAUGAACCAGAGAAGAAUUCGUGGGUUUCAUCCUCUCCGUGCCAGCUGAACCCCUCAGGCUUCUCGGGCGAAGAACUGCCGUUUGUGGGGUUUUCGUAUAGCAAGGCACUGGGGAUUCUUGGUAGAUCUGAGUCUGUUGUGUCGGGCCUUGACUCCCCUGCCAAGACUAGCUCCAUGGAAAAGAAACUUCUCAUCAAAAGCAAAGAGCUGCAAGACUCGCAGGACAAGUGUCACAAGAUGGAGCAGGAAAUGACCCGGUUACAUCGGAGAGUGUCAGAGGUGGAGGCUGUGCUUAGUCAGAAGGAGGUGGAGCUGAAGGCCUCUGAGACUCAGAGAUCCCUCCUGGAGCAGGACCUUGCUACCUACAUCACAGAAUGCAGUAGCUUAAAGCGAAGUUUGGAGCAAGCACGGAUGGAGGUGUCCCAGGAGGAUGACAAAGCACUGCAGCUUCUCCAUGAUAUCAGAGAACAGAGCCGGAAGCUCCAAGAAAUCAAAGAGCAGGAGUACCAGGCUCAGGUGGAAGAAAUGAGGUUAAUGAUGAACCAGUUGGAAGAGGACCUGGUUUCAGCAAGAAGACGGAGUGACCUCUAUGAGUCGGAACUGAGAGAGUCCAGGCUGGCUGCUGAAGAGUUCAAGCGGAAAGCAACAGAAUCUCAGCAUAAACUGCUGAAGGCGAAGGAUCAAGGGAAGCCUGAAGUGGGAGAAUAUUCCCAACUGGAGAAGAUCAAUGCUGAGCAGCAGCUCAAAAUUCAAGAGCUCCAAGAAAAGCUGGAAAAGGCUGUGAAAGCCAGCACAGAGGCCACCGAGCUGCUGCAGAACAUCCGCCAGGCAAAGGAGCGAGCCGAGCGCGAGCUGGAGAAGCUGCAGAACCGUGAGGACUCUUCCGAAGGCAUCAAAAAGAAGCUGGUAGAAGCCGAGGAACGUCGCCAUUCUCUGGAGAACAAGGUAAAGAGGCUAGAGACCAUGGAGCGUAGAGAAAACAGACUGAAGGAUGACAUCCAGACAAAAUCCCAACAGAUCCAGCAGAUGGCUGAUAAAAUUCUGGAGCUGGAGGAGAAGCACCGGGAGGCCCAGAUCUCAGCCCAGCACCUGGAGGUCCACCUGAAACAGAAAGAGCAGCACUAUGAGGAAAAAAUUAAAGUGUUGGACAGUCAGAUAAAGAAAGACCUGGCUGAUAAGGAGAGCCUGGAGAAUAUGAUGCAGAGACAUGAGGAGGAGGCCCAUGAGAAAGGCAAAAUUCUCAGCGAGCAGAAGGCGAUGAUCAAUGCUAUGGAUUCCAAGAUCAGAUCCCUGGAACAGAGGAUUGUGGAACUGUCAGAAGCCAAUAAGCUUGCUGCAAACAGCAGUCUUUUUACCCAGAGGAACAUGAAGGCCCAGGAAGAGAUGAUUUCAGAACUCAGGCAGCAGAAAUUUUACCUGGAGACGCAGGCUGGGAAACUGGAGGCCCAGAACCGGAAGCUGGAGGAACAGCUGGAAAAAAUCAGCCACCAAGACCACAGCGAUAAGAAUCGUCUGCUGGAGCUGGAGACAAGGUUGAGGGAGGUCAGCCUCGAGCAUGAGGAGCAGAAACUGGAGCUAAAGCGCCAGCUCACAGAGCUGCAGCUCUCCCUGCAGGAGCGCGAGGCCCAGCUGACAGCCCUGCAGGCUGCCCGGGCGGCCCUGGAGAGCCAGCUCCGCCAGGCCAAGACGGAGCUGGAAGAGACGACCGCGGAAGCCGAAGAGGAGAUCCAGGCGCUCACGGCACAUAGAGAUGAAAUCCAGCGCAAAUUUGAUGCCCUUCGUAACAGCUGUACUGUAAUCACAGACCUGGAGGAGCAGCUAAACCAGCUGACGGAGGACAAUGCUGAGCUCAACAACCAAAACUUCUUCUUGUCCAAACAACUCGACGAGGCUUCCGGCGCCAAUGAUGAGAUAGUUCAGCUGCGAAGUGAGGUGGACCAUCUCCGCCGCGAGAUCUCGGAGAGAGAGAUGCAACUCACCAGCCAGAAGCAGACGAUGGAAGCUCUGAAGACCACCUGCACGAUGCUGGAAGAGCAGGUCAUGGACCUGGAGGCCCUGAACGACGAGCUGCUGGAAAAGGAGCGGCAGUGGGAGGCGUGGAGGAGCGUCCUCGGGGACGAGAAGUCCCAGUUUGAGUGUCGGGUCCGAGAGUUGCAGAGGAUGCUGGACACUGAGAAACAGAGCAGGGCGAGAGCUGAUCAGCGGAUCACUGAGUCGCGCCAGGUGGUUGAGCUGGCCGUGAAGGAGCACAAGGCCGAGAUUCUCGCCCUACAGCAGGCUCUCAAAGAGCAGAAGCUGAAAGCCGAGAGCCUCUCCGACAAGCUCAGUGACCUGGAGAAGAAACAUGCCAUGCUUGAAAUGAAUGCCCGGAGUUUGCAGCAGAAACUGGAGACCGAGCGUGAGCUCAAGCAGCGGCUGCUGGAGGAGCAAGCCAAAUUACAGCAGCAGAUGGACCUGCAGAAGAAUCACAUUUUCCGUCUGACUCAAGGGUUGCAAGAAGCUCUAGAUCGGGCUGAUCUGCUGAAGACUGAGAGGAGUGAUCUGGAAUAUCAGCUGGAAAACAUUCAGGUUCUCUAUUCUCAUGAAAAAGUGAAAAUGGAGGGCACUAUUUCUCAACAAACCAAACUUAUUGAUUUUCUGCAAGCCAAAAUGGACCAACCUGCUAAAAAGAAAAAGGUUCCUCUGCAGUACAAUGAGCUGAAGGUGGCUCUGGAGAAGGAGAAAGCUCGCUGUGCUGAGCUAGAGGAAGCCCUUCAGAAGACUCGCAUCGAGCUCCGCUCCGCCCGCGAGGAAGCUGCUCACCGGAAAGUCACUGACCAUCCGCACCCAUCUACACCAGCCACUGCGAGGCAGCAGAUCGCCAUGUCUGCCAUCGUGCGGUCACCUGAGCACCAGCCCAGUGCCAUGAGCCUGCUCGCCCCGCCGUCCAGCCGCAGAAAAGAGUCUUCAACUCCAGAAGAAUUCAACCGGCGUCUUAAGGAGCGCAUGCACCACAAUAUUCCUCACCGGUUUAAUGUGGGACUGAACAUGCGAGCCACAAAGUGCGCUGUGUGUCUGGAUACCGUGCACUUCGGACGCCAGGCGUCCAAAUGUCUUGAAUGUCAGGUGAUGUGUCAUCCCAAGUGCUCCACGUGCUUGCCAGCUACCUGUGGCCUGCCAGCCGAAUAUGCCACACACUUCACCGAGGCCUUCUGCCGUGACAAAAUGAAUUCCCCAGGUCUCCAGGCCAAGGAGCCCAGCAGCAGCUUGCACCUGGAAGGUUGGAUGAAGGUGCCCAGGAAUAACAAACGAGGACAGCAAGGCUGGGACAGGAAGUACAUUGUCCUGGAGGGAUCCAAGGUCCUCAUUUAUGACAACGAAGCCAGAGAAGCUGGACAGAGGCCGGUGGAAGAAUUUGAGCUGUGCCUUCCCGACGGGGAUGUAUCUAUUCAUGGCGCCGUUGGUGCUUCUGAACUUGCAAAUACAGCCAAAGCAGAUGUCCCAUACAUCCUGAAGAUGGAAUCCCACCCGCAUACCACCUGCUGGCCCGGGAGAACCCUCUACUUGCUAGCUCCCAGCUUCCCCGACAAGCAGCGCUGGGUCACCGCCUUAGAAUCAGUUGUCGCAGGUGGGAGAGUUUCUAGGGAAAAGGCAGAAGCCGAUGCUGGCCCCGGCUGCACUCCCUACGGGCUGCUGCCUGCAUGGGUUCAGAAAUUGCUUGGAAACUCCCUGCUGAAACUGGAAGGUGAUGACCGGCUAGACAUGAACUGCACACUGCCCUUCAGCGACCAGGUGGUGUUGGUCGGCACCGAGGAAGGGCUCUAUGCACUGAAUGUCUUGAAAAACGCCCUCACCCCCGUCCCGGGAAUCGGAGCAGUCUUCCAAAUCUAUAUCAUCAAGGACCUGGAGAAGCUCCUCAUGAUAGCAGGAGAAGAGCGAGCCCUGUGUCUUGUUGAUGUGAAGAAAGUGAAACAGUCCCUGGCACAGUCUCACCUUCCUGCCCAGCCAGACAUCUCGCCCAACAUUUUUGAAGCUGUCAAGGGCUGCCACUUGUUUGCUGCUGGCAAGAUUGAGAACGGGCUCUGCAUCUGCGCAGCCAUGCCCAGCAAAGUCGUCGUUCUCCGCUACAACGAAAACCUCAGCAAGUACUGCAUUCGCAAAGAGAUAGAGACCUCAGAGCCCUGCAGCUGUAUCCACUUCACCAACUACAGUAUCCUCAUCGGAACCAAUAAAUUCUACGAAAUUGACAUGAAGCAGUACACACUCGAGGAAUUCCUGGACAAGAAUGACCAUUCCUUGGCGCCUGCUGUGUUUGCCUCCUCUUCCCACAGUUUCCCUGUCUCGAUAAUGCAGGUGAACAGUGCAGGGCAGCGGGAGGAGUACCUGCUCUGCUUCCACGAAUUUGGGGUGUUCGUGGAUUCUUACGGAAGACGUAGCCGCACAGACGAUCUCAAGUGGAGUCGCUUACCGUUGGCCUUCGCCUACAGAGAACCCUAUCUGUUUGUGACCCACUUCAACUCACUGGAAGUGAUUGAGAUCCAGGCCCGCUCCUCUCUGGGGACUCCGGCCCGAGCAUAUUUGGAAAUCCCAAACCCACGCUACCUGGGCCCCGCGAUUUCCUCGGGAGCGAUCUACCUGGCGUCCUCCUACCAGGAUAAGCUGAGGAUCAUUUGCUGCAAAGGGAACCUCGUGAAGGAGUCUGGCACUGACCACCACCGGGGGCCCUCCACCUCCCGCAGCCCCAACAAGCGAGGCCCGCCAACGUACAACGAGCACAUCACCAAGCGCGUGGCCUCUAGCCCGGCGCCCCCCGAAGGCCCCAGCCACCCGCGAGAGCCAGGCACGCCCCACCGCCACCGAGAGGGGCGGACCGAGCUGCGGAGGGACAAGUCCCCGGGCCGCCCCCUGGAGCGGGAGAAGUCCCCGGGCCGCGUGCUCGGCACUCGGAGGGAGCGGUCCCCGGGGCGGCCGUUCGAAGACAGCAGCCGGGGCCGGCUGCCCGCGGGAGCCGUGAGGACCCCGCUGUCCCAGGUCAACAAGGUCUGGGACCAGUCUUCAGUAUAA